GCUGCUGCGGCGGCUGCACCCGCGGCGCUGAGGCCGAGGCGGAGGCCCGGGUGCGCUCUUGGCGAACGUGCCGGCUCGGCUUGGCUGCACCGGCCCCUGAGGCCGCCUGGGCGUCUCGACUGGCCUGUGCACAGCCCCGGCGAGGAUGCGGCUGUUCUGCUGGCUGCUGAAGCAGACGGUGCCCAAGCAGAUCGAGCGCUACUCGCGUUUCUCGCCUUCGCCGCUCUCCAUCAAGCAGUUCCUGGACUUCGGAAGAGAUAAUGCAUGUGAGAAAACUUCCUAUAUGUUUCUGCGAAAAGAGCUUCCUGUGCGCCUGGCUAACACCAUGAGGGAAGUCAAUCUGCUGCCAGAUAAUUUGCUUAACCGCCCUUCAGUGAGGUUGGUUCAGAGUUGGUAUAUGCAAAGUUUUCUUGAGCUUUUGGAAUAUGAGAAUAAGAGCCCUGAGGACCCAAAGGUCUUGGAUAACUUUCUGCAAGUUCUGAUUAAAGUCAGAAACAGACACAAUGAUGUAGUUCCUACAAUGGCACAAGGAGUAAUUGAAUACAAGGAGAAGUUUGGGUUUGAUCCAUUCAUUAGCAGUAACAUCCAGUAUUUUCUGGAUCGUUUUUAUACCAACCGCAUCUCUUUCCGCAUGCUUAUUAACCAGCACACUCUUCUGUUUGGUGGUGAUAUUAAUCCUGCUCAUCCUAAACAUAUUGGAAGUAUUGAUCCCACCUGUAAUGUGGCUGACGUGGUGAAAGAUGCAUAUGAAACCGCCAAGAUGCUGUGUGAACAAUAUUACCUGGCAGCUCCAGAGCUAAAAGUUGAAGAGUUCAAUGCCAAAGCUCCAAACAAACCUAUUCAGGUAGUUUAUGUGCCCUCACAUCUGUUUCACAUGCUGUUUGAGUUGUUCAAGAACUCAAUGAGAGCGACAGUUGAACUGUAUCAAGAUAGAAAGGAGGGCUAUCCGUCUGUUAAAACCCUCGUCACUCUGGGUAAAGAAGAUCUGUCCAUUAAGAUAAGUGACCUAGGUGGUGGUGUCCCACUUCGAAAGAUAGACCGUCUUUUUAACUACAUGUAUUCAACUGCUCCUAGACCUAGCCUGGAGCCCACAAGAGCAGCACCUCUGGCUGGAUUUGGUUAUGGUUUGCCAAUUUCUCGUCUGUAUGCAAGAUAUUUCCAGGGAGAUCUAAAACUCUAUUCCAUGGAAGGAGUGGGUACUGAUGCCAUCAUUUAUUUGAAGGCACUUUCAAGUGAGUCAUUCGAGAGACUUCCAGUUUUUAAUAAGUCCGCAUGGCGCCAUUACAAGACCACACCUGAAGCCGAUGAUUGGAGCAAUCCCAGCAGUGAACCCAGGGAUACUUCAAAAUACAAGGCAAAAGAGGAAAAGAUCAAGACUAACAGAACUUUCUAGAGAACUGAAAGCUUUGGUCCUCUCUGUGAAGAAAGACUGUCUUCUGCAAGUCAACCAGAACUCCUUUCCUCUACCAACUCUGAGUGCAGCACCGUAGUCAUUCCAGUGCUUGAAUGUGCGUUUUCUUCACAGGAGCGGACCUUUGCCACAGAACCUUGCUGUAGCUACUCUAGAUCGCACACUAAAGUAGUAACUUGAAACAUUUUUCAUAGUACGUUGCUGUGGUUUGGUUGGCACCUGUUGUAAGAGGGCACAGAGCCUUGUUAGUGCUCUCGUGUCCUCACACCUCCCUCCUCAUUUCCUAGAGUUGAGUGUCUACCGUCUCCCCAGGAUUCUAAGCUCCUUCACAGCCAGUCUCUACUGUCACUCUUUGUGACCAAAUACCAUGUUUGUCACAAACCACUGACCAAGACCUGGGUCAUCUGAAAGUUGAAGACACCAGAGCAUGUCUUGUUAAUUCAGUCCCAGGAUCCUUGCUGUCACAUGCAUUCCUCCUCACUCUCUGAUUUAGACUUUUGCCUUCUUCCGUCUGACCAUAUUCUGACUAUGAAGCGUGGGUACUUUCGCAUUAGAUCUCUCUGAUGCAUUGACUUUGUUUUGAAAUUCACUUGUGUAUUCCAUUCUGUCCAUUAAAGCGGUCCACAAGU